ACCGAGUGGCUGUAAGGAAGUGACGUAUGAGAGCUGGUGGCGCGAUGGAACCACAGCAGCAGCAGCAGCAACUGAGGAACUUGCGGGACUUCCUGUUGGUCUACAAUCGGAUGACCGAACUCUGCUUCCAGCGCUGCGUGCCCAGCCUGCACCACCGAGCUUUGGAUGCUGAGGAGGAAGCCUGUUUGCACAGCUGUGCUGGGAAGCUGAUCCAUUCCAACCACCGCCUCAUGGCCGCUUAUGUGCAGCUCAUGCCUGCUCUGGUACAGCGCCGCAUCGCAGACUACGAGGCUGCCUCACCUGGGCCAGGUGUUACUGCUGAACAGUCCGGAACCUCACCAUCAGGCAGCUAGCCCUCCCAACUCCAGGAAGGGAGGCACUGGAUGGACCCUCAAGUUGAAGGAGCCAGUGGACCUUGGGCUGGAUGCAGCCUGUAUAUAGAGUGAGGGGUUACCUGAGAGCUGGGUACUAUUGCUCCUUUUCCCGGAGCCAAUAAACCCACUUUUACUCUCUUUGGUUUAUGUCCUGGUCGGGGAAGGUUUGCCCACUUUAUUGGCAUCAUCCUUUAUUCUGUUAGCUAGCACAUAUCGCUUGGCUUCAGCCCUGGCAGUGGAGAAAUUGCUGUCUGUGUGUAGAAGGAAAACCUCAACAUUCCCAGGCACCUGGUUAUAGCAAGGUCUGUGGGUAAAAUUUUAAUGUUAGUGACAUCAACAGGAAGCUGGUUUCUGCCCAGAUGGCAGAGAAAAUGAGACCUCUUUCUAGAUCUCCUUCACUUAAACCUGCCUGACUUAAAUGGCUCAUUUGUGAGCCAGUGUGCAGUCAUUCAUAACUCUUUUUGUGGACUCUUCUAAGGAAUUCUGCUAGAUGUAGGGAAUGGAGGAGAUAACUAAGGAUAGCAGAUAAGAAAGCACAGACAGGGUUUCUAGGCAUUGCCUCCCGGAAACUCAGUAGCUCCAGAACAGAUGAAACCUGUAAGAAUUUUGGGGUGUUCUGGAACUUCAGCCAUCUUCCCAAGUUGUUACUUUCUUACUAUUUUCUGUCUACCCGAGGAUAAGUGGUAAAGCCUUUACACAAAAGAAGAUCUGUGUCCUUGUCUUCAGGAGAGUCAGAAAGGGGAAACUUGGAGGACCAUAUUCUGCUAUAUAGCCAGACCUGAGGGACAGAAGCCCAAGGGAGAAGUAGAUGAUGGUGGUUAUGGGGGAAAAGGGGAUAAAGCAAAUCCUUGGGACUGCUUUAUCGUUAUCUGCAUGUCUAUAAUUUCAACUCUUCUGUCCUCUACCCUAUGUUCCUGCUGUCUCUUUUCUGUUAUUUCCAUGUUGAGCCUCUCCAUUUCUCUCAUUUAUUGUCCUCCUUUUGAAAUUUACUUCUGUAUUCAGCAGUCUCAAUGACCUAUCUUCCAUCACUGCAUUUUCUUGCCUCCCUUGUGUCCUUUUUAUAUCAUUCCAGCUGUUUUAUCUUUUCUUUUCCUCCAUUGAGACUGCUAGAGAAAAACACAGCUGUGUAACGAGUGGCACUAAAUAUUCAAGGUCUCCAAUUUCAACCAAGCCCUCACUGCCAACAAGCAACCCUUUGUGGCCUCCUGGUGUAUUUCAUCUCCUAAUCACCAUGGUGAUUAUUUUACAUCUUCACUGUUCUCCUUAUCUCCCACUUCACGUUCAGCUGUUCCCCAUCAGGUGACCAUGUUUUGUUUUUUAUAGAGGAAAUGGAAGUUCUUAGACAUUGGCUCCCACAAUAAUAACAAAAACUACGCACAGAGCAGACAUCCCCACCCCACCCCCCGUGUGGAUCAGGAAGUUGAGAUUCUCUAGUAGCAGACCCUUAUAGAUAACAGAUCUGACUUUAAAAUCCAUGUACUUUUUAUUACACCAGGCUGCCACUCAAAAUAUCCAUUGAGCCACCCAAUUUGUAUGGGUUCUGAUACUGAUACAUGUCCUGCUUUAUCUUCAUCUUUAUAGCAAAACUACAAGUAGAGAUUAUCUCCCCUUAAAGGAUGAGGAAGCAAGAAUCCAGAAUGUACCAGAACCUUAUCUUAUACAUAGUUAACUCUUGAGAAAAGUGGCUCCAAACAGCUUUUUGCCUCUGUAGCUCCUGUAUUUUGAACAAAAGUUUUUGCUAGGAACAUAUUAGUUGCUGACCAGGAACUUCCCUACUGAGUGGAUUUGUGCAUACCAAUAAAGUUCUCUCCUUGGUAAGUAACUACAGCUAAAACAGCUUGUGAACUUAACAAUCCCAAGAUAGGAAUGGAGACCUGGAAUACUGUGAUGCUGGUGGGAGGACUCUUCUACAUGGACAUUUGUGUGUAUCCUUCUAGUAAAUUUCCAUUGUAAAUUG